GUUUACGAGGCGCAAGGCAGGUAUCCGUCAGAGAGCACCUGGCGCCAUUGGAGUGAACAAGGGCCAGAUCUUCACCCAGCCGCACCGAGAGGCGCCGGGCUGUGGUAGCUAACCAGGCGUCGUCCUGGUACCGUACGGGUCGCAGCAGUCGGCGGAGCGGACUCCGUCAUGAGGCGCUGGACACCGCUCACCCUGGCGCUGGUCCUGGUCCUGACGACCGUGCCGAGCGGGAGGGCCGCCCGGGUACAGCCUGCCCAAAACAACCCGGUCACACCACCGCUGAGGCAGUCAGACGUCAAAGUCACUCCGCAGCCGAAACCGGGAUGUAGCCUCACGACAUGCUCGUGGAAGCACAACAAGUGGUGCUACACAGAACCUGGGAACGUGACGGCCGCCUGCGUCUGUCGCCCUGGGUUCGCGCCGGUUGGGUCAGACUGUAUCGAGGCCAUAACUUUCCACCUGUACGUGCUGAUGCCGGGUGAACACAUGGCUAGUCUGAACGACCCCCACUCCGACCACUACCAACAGACGACGCAGGAAUUCACCAACACGGUUUCCCAGCUUCACAAUAACGGAAACGUGCAGGCCCUGGACGCCAAUUUCUUGGCCAUGUCGUCUGUGACUUACUCUGGAGGCAUGCCGAAUGCCAUCAUCGCCAAGGCACUCAUACACUACAGGCAGAGUUCUGAACUCACUCCCAACCGAUUGGAGCACGCCCUGCAGAAUUCCGCCGCCCUCCGGUCUGUUUCCACCCUCAACAGGGACACCAUGGAGGUUACAGAUGAAAACGAGUGUUCGAAGCAGAGAGGUCAUAUGAGUGACUGCCAUCCGCAGGCCACGUGUAGAAACACGCUGGGGUCGUUCGAGUGCGUGUGUAACGAUGGACUUGUGGACAUGAGCUACGCGUUCGGCGCGCCGGCUGGAAGGUUCUGCUACGGAACAUGUACCACGUGGCGCUGUGAGGCUGGAGAGGAGACGACGAACGUCGCCACACUGAGGGGGGAGGAGACCAUGUGCAUCAAUCCACUGAGAAGAAACAUGUGUCACAUGACAAGUCCUAUACCCGGAUGGCUCACUGAUUGGGGCGACUUGCGGCUUUGGCUGGUACUGCUGGGCUUUGUGAUCGUCAUCAUCGGGUUCAUCAUCCUGAUCUACUACCUGUGCCGCCUGUACCGCAAGAACAAGAAGAAACGCAUGGAGAAGAAACGGUCUUCACACGAGCUGUACUCCGAGUACUGGCCGUGUCACCGUGUCAGGAAGGUGUCCAUCAUCGGAUUCGACAUCAAGCGGAGAGACAGCUUCCCCAGCAAGGCAGCGGCGCAGGCCAGCAAGAUCAAAAUGGCUAAUGCCCCAGGUGGGAGGAAGUCUAUCACAGACGCCGGCAGUACCAUGCACUGGAACCUGUCCUCUUCACGACUUCCUUCGGUCUCCGACGAAGAUGAGUCAACAUUUCAGGCUGAGCCAGGCAACAUCAUCUAAACAACAGACCUGACAAGAAAUCCCUCUACUACCACUCAACUCAAUUUGAACAACUGAAUUUGCUUUUGAUGCAUCUAAGCAUUGAUUUUGCCAAUACAAAACAACCCAAUGCAAGUACACGAAGUUUUAAAUUCUACUAGAUGUUAGUGACAGUCUACAAUAUAUGUAUAAAACAGAUAUAUAGCGGAAGCAAUCACUACACAAACAAAGAAACAAACAUUAAAAUCACUGUACGAUAUUUAUUCUUUUUAAGUCUUAUUUAGUUUGGUGUAUGUCAGAAAAUAUCUAUCACUCUGUCAUCAAGUGUUGUGCUUUUUGAUCUCACAAUGUGAGCAUGGGAUGAUUUAGAUGUAGUCGUUUUGCAGUAGAUAUACCCGACACACACACAUGUAACUAUGGAACACUAGUUCUAUUUCUGUCAUAGGAAGAAAAGCCACUGCUAAGCUGUAUAUUAAAAAGUAUACUGUUUUCAAGAUCACACUGUAAAGCUUGCUGUGCAUCCAUAGAUUGCAUUCAUUUGAGCUGAACUUCACUUUCUUUGACAUAGUGUUCUAACUUGUAUGGCAUACUAUAUCAGGAAAUCAAAUGUAAUAAUAUCGAUUCAGAUGUGAAUCUCACACUGUAGUAUUCUACAUUAGAGCUCUGUCCUCUGUACAGACUUCAGUUCAUACCUAUAUAGUAGGAAAACACAUGGGCAUCUGUUAGUCAUAAAAGCCCCUGAAAAAGCAAUUGUAAGAUAAAAAACAUUUUAAGGGUGGUCAACGGUUAAAACUAUCGUCUCUUUGGCGUAAUUGGUAAAGCUUUAAAGGUAAAAAAAAAUGUACUAAAUUGGUAUUUUAUUAAAAGUUGGAAUUUUCUGUAUAAUAAUAUAUUAAUAUUUGGUCACAUUGAAAACUAUGUAGAGAUUUGAAGGGGCUUGUUUAUUAUUCUAAGAUA